AUGAACUCCCUCGAGCCCUCGUACAACUUCAGCGACUUCCCGCUGUCCCAUCCUCCCGCACCGCAUCUCUCGCCCGUCACCCCGUCCGCACCCCCAACAGGCGCGCCCACCUCUGCCGACCAGCUCCUCAGCACAACAGAACAAGACCACUUUAUGUCUUUCCUUUCUGACAACUUUGGGUCUGGAUCUGCUUUUCCUGGUGGGGAAAACGUCGCUGCCCAAGGAGUGCAGUAUUCGAUGCAUAGUGGAGAAUUUGGGAUGCACCCUUAUCCUUCUGGGUGGGGUGCCCCGCCACCCGACGCGCCCACAGGUCAAGGGUACACAUCUGGAGUGACCCUUCCCCCUCUCCCGCCAAACGCGCCCGCACCUGCCCUUCCCCCAAUCUCGAGUCUUACCUCCCUCUCUUCCUCUACCCCCCAGCAACCGAUGCACAGGCCCGUACUGUCCAACACCCAAAAGCGGGAGAACCACAUUCUCUCCGAACAGCGGAGACGGAACCAAAUUCGCCAGUCUUACGCCCUUCUUUCGCUCUUACUUGAAGGACCUGAAGCUGGGCCGGGGAGCAAUUCUACCCUCCGAGGAGCGAGCGGUAUGACACGGGAUAUGAUCUUUGGCGGGCAGGUGAAGGGGAAGAAGGGACGCGCAAGAGGGGGAGGGAAAAAGCAGGGGAAGGCUGGCACGCUCUUCCGAGCGGUCGAGUAUGUGAAGUGGCUCAAGGAGGGGAACGAGCAACUGUUGAAGGACGUGCAGGAGAUCAGGGAUAGGGUGCAGAGGUGGCAGUAUACGGAGAAGCCGCAGUAUGUGUAUUGAUUGCUUGAUGCGGGAGGGGCGGUGAGGGGGGCAUAUAUGCGUGCUUGAGGGUCUGUUUAGGACUUAUAUGCGCGCGCUUCGGUUUAGAAUCUCGGUGUACUUAUAGAUGUCUUUCCUAGAAAUACUAAUAC